AUGGCGGCCAACUUCUGGCUCUCGACACACGCGAACUACUGGCUCGUCGACCGACACCUCCUCUCGGCCUCACGUCAGGAGGACUUACGCCAUGCUACUCCUCGAGAACUGGGCUUUUUCGCCAUCUGGCUCGCCAACUUCUGUCAAAAGCUCGCGAAACGGCUUCAUUUGCGUCAGCAGGUGACUGCGACCGCCAUUGUCUUUCUCAGACGAUUCUAUCUCAAGAAUAGCUAUCUAGGCUCGUCUCGAACGACGGACCCUUGUCUUGUGGCUGCGACGUGUUUGUAUGUCGCCACAAAGGCAGAAGAAACGCCCGUUCACAUCAAAGCAAUCGUUGCCGAGGGCAGAGCGACUUGUACCGAGUGCGGCAUGCCACCUUUCUCAUCCGACACGACCAAAGUGGCCGAAAUGGAAUUCUGCACGUCGUUGUGCUCGAGCUACACCAGCAAGCUGACGAUUCGAACAGACUUGCUAGAAGAGCUGGAAUUUCAUCUGAUCGUAUACCAUCCAUACCAGAGUCUCGUCAAGCUUUGCGGAAGAGAUCCAAGCGAGAGCGAAGAGAAGGAAGCAGACUGCAUUGAUCUCGAAGAAUCGCAUUUUCAGAUGGCGUGGUACAUCAUCAAUGACACUUACCGAUCUGACCUGUGUCUACUCUAUCCGCCGUACAUCAUCGCAGUCGCAGCUAUAUACCUCUGUCUCACGAUCACACCGCCCGAGUCCAUCAGAAAUCUGACAGCUCGUGACGACUUGAUGCGAUCAGCCGUACACGUGGAAUCGUUCAAGUCACUCGCUGGCUCGCCUGCUGUCACGAGCUCUCCUGCUCUUGGCAGCCCUGCCCCUAACGCGUCCACACACAGAAGAGGAACUGAGCCCGUUACGUUCCUGGCAUCGCUCAAUGUGCAAAUGCCGAUACUGCUGGAAGCGAUACAGGAGAUGACAUCGCUCUAUGCUCUCUGGCGCUCCUUGGAGGAGGAGACGUCAGACAAGAGUGCGGAUGGUGCCAUCGUGCAGGAUCCUGACGUACGAGCCUCCAAAGCGUUUCUCAGGGCAAGACUGGCCGCCCAGUCUGCCGCUGCACAUCCUAGUGAUGCCGGACAGAUCUCUGCAAAAGCGUAG